AUGGCAUAUAACCUAAGUAGAUCUUUCACUCAGCUAGCCUCAGAGGGCUUCUGUACUCCGCAAGAGAAGUCAAACGAAACAUCUGGAGAUUCCGGAAAGCUCGAGAGCGGUACUGGUCUCGGAGACGGCGAAGGGGCAGAUGAUAUCAGCAAAGAUAUUCAACCAGACGAAGACCUGUCGGAGUUGGCGCAAGAACCAGACAAGGAACGAGAUGGUGAGAUUGAAGACGAGAAGGAUGCGGUAGAUAUGGCGAAUGAGGAGAUGGAGGGCCAAAUGGGAGAUGCCGGCGGUGAAGAAGAAGACGAUGACAAUAACUCAAAGUCAGGGGACGAAAACGAGGAGGACGAGAUGGAUGAGGAGGUCGGCGACGUGGAUGAUCUUGACCCUACCGCUGUCGAUGAGAAGAUGUGGGACGGGGAUGAGGAGGAUGCCGAUAAGGAUCAACAAGGCGAUCAGAGCAAGGGUCAGAAGAAGGACGAUGAACAAAUGGCGGCUGACGGGGCCGACAAGAAGGAUGACCAACCCGAGAAGAUGAAUGAACCAGGGGAGCCCGAAGUGGACGAGGAGAUUGGGCCAGAACAGGAUGAUGUGGUGCCACAGGAUGAGCUCAAUCGCCAAGAUCAGAACGUUCAGGAGAACGAAACGCUUGCCUUGCCAGAUGAGAUGGAGAUCGACAAGAAUCAAGACAGCGCCUCCUCGGUCGAUGACGGCGACCUAGAUGCUCUCUCGGAAAAGCAAGAUGAUACCGAAGAGCAAUCCAUGAAGGAGCCAGAAACCGAGAGCGUAGUAGACGGCGAUGACUUGCCGGACACCAAUCAAGAGAUCAUAGACAAGGACAAUGAAGAAUCCGAAGCUCUUCCAGAGGGCGAGGAACUUCCAAUUGAUGACGACAACUUUGAUAUGGAUAUCGACGAGCAGGACGGCCCUGAAGACAUCGAGGAACAAGAUCAGAUCAAGCAAGAAUCACUCGAUAAUGCGAAUGCCGACCAAAACGCUGCUCCAAGCGACGUGAAAAGCGGAGCCGGUCAGGAACAAGAUGCCAUUGAAGAGAGAGCAAAUGAGCAGGAUAGUCAAAACAAGGCUUCUCAGCGCGACCGUGGCGAGAUGGGACAAAAUGCAGAAGAUCAAGAGACAGCUGCGGGCAACGAAGGAUCUAUGUCUCGACUAGACGAGGAUCGUUCCCAAAAUGACGAGAAUAAGCCCUCCGAGACCUCAGAGUCACAGCCUUUCAAGCAGCUUGGAGACGCUAUGGAAAGGUGGUACAGGAAUCAGAAAGACAUCAAGAAUUCCACGGAGGAUGAAGACCGUCCACCGCAACAAGACAAGUCCGAGGCUGAGAUGAUGAAGCAAGAAUUCCAACACCUUCAAAAUGACGACUCGGCCGCCGACGCUGAGGCGUUGGGCACGGCCUCAGAGGAGGAGGUUCGUCCCAUAGACGACUCUAUGGCUAUUGAUGACGAGACUCGGGAUACUGAGAGCCGACUUCUUCCAGAAGACAUUGAAAAGGAAGAGACAGAGCAAGAUCAGGACAUGAAUGAUAAGGAACUCACGAGCUUGGACGAACAGGAAACUCCAAUGCAGGAAGAUAGUCGUUCUGGCGUUGCAACUAGACAAGGCGCUUUCAACCGUGAUCGAUCCCCGUCUCCAGACGAGACCAUACCUGCUGACAAGGAAGACAAAACGAUUCAAGAAACGUCCACCCAGCUGUCAAUUACUCACAUCACCGAUCGAGAUAGGUCCUUAAGAGACUAUUCUGAGUCUCUGGAGCAAUGGGCUUCCUUUCAAACCAAGACUCAUCCGCUGUCCCUGGCACUUACCUCUCAGCUGCGCCUGAUAUUAACACCAUCUCAGUCAACUAAGCUCUCCGGAUCAUACCGUACCGGUAAACGUCUUAACAUCAAGAAAAUUAUCCCUUAUAUAGCAUCCAGCUACAAGAGAGACAAGAUCUGGAUGCGCCGUAGCAUUCCCACCAAACGGGCUUAUCAAAUUCUCCUUUGCGUCGACGACAGCAGGAGCAUGGGCGAGACCACAUCUGGCGGCCUUGCACUCGAAUCACUCGUCAUGGUCUCGCGAUCUCUCGCCAUGCUCGAAGCUGGCCAAGUCGGCGUCCUGGGCUUUGGUGCUGAUGUCUUCACGGCACACGAACUGACCGAGCCAUUCGCGUCUCAUGACGCCGGCGCGAGAGUCCUCCAGAAGUUCUCGUUUGAGCAGGACAGGACAGAUAUCUGCCUUCUGAUCCGCCAAACCAUCGACCAGUUCCGCGCAGCCAGGCUCCAAAGCGGCAGCCGCGGAUCCGAGGACCUGUGGCAACUCGCGCUUAUUCUCUCCGACGGCUUGACGCCGUCCUCCGCACACGACAAGAUCCGCCGCCUGCUGCGCGAAGCCAUGGAGGAGCGCAUCAUGAUUGUGUUCAUUAUCAUGGACGACUCCAGCAAGAAGAAGGGAGACAGCGUCCUAGAGCUCAAAGAGGCCAAGUUUGUCAAGGACGAGUACGGACAAAGCAAUGUGGUCAUUGAGCGGUAUCUCGAUACCUUCCCCUUCCAGUACUACCUCAUUGUCCACAAUCUGGAAGAUCUCCCGGGUGCCUUGGCCGGGCUGCUCAGGACAUGGUUUGCAGAGGUUAACUCAUAG